CUCCUGAAGCCGCCGUCGUGCUCCCGUUCGGUCUCCUCUCCUCUCCCCAUUUCCUCCCUUGUGUUCUUCGUCAAUCGCUCUUCUGCAUGUCUGUUUGAUUUUAAUUUUCGUGAGUAGUUUUCUACGAUUUGCCUGUGACUGAGAAGUAUUUUGGCAAUGGGAAGUGUUUCGGAAACCGAGGGGGGCGGAAAGAUGAAGAGGCGGUGGUGCUCUUGCAGCAAGGAAGACUUCCUGCCGGAGGAGUCGUUCCAGAGCUGGGCCAACUACAGAAAGGCCCUCGGCGAGACGGGCCUCCGCCUCAAGGAUCGGAUCACCGCUCGCUCCGUCGACAAGUUCGAGAUCACCGAGAUCAAGGCCCGAAGCGGAAACGAGAUGAAGAAAAGCCUCUCCUGGUGGGAUCUCAUUUGGUUCGGGAUCGGCGCGGUCAUCGGCUCCGGCAUCUUCGUCCUCACCGGCCAGGAGGCUCGUGAUGAAGCUGGACCCGCCGUCAUCCUCUCCUACGUCGUCUCCGGUGUCUCCGCGAUGCUUUCUGUGUUCUGCUACACCGAGUUCGCCAUCGAGAUCCCCGUCGCCGGUGGUUCCUUCGCGUACUUGCGGGUGGAGCUCGGUGACUUCGUGGCCUUCGUGACGGCCGGGAACAUCAUCCUCGAGUACGUAAUCGGAGGCGCUGCCGUCGCUCGUUCGUGGACGUCCUAUUUCGCCACGCUCCUCAACCACCACCCGAACGAUUUCCGUAUCCACGCCACCGGCCUCGCCGCCGAUUACAGCCGUCUCGACCCUAUCGCCGUCGUUGUAAUCACCGUGAUCUGCAUCGCUGCCGUGAUGUCCACAAAGGCGUCCUCCCGCUUCAACUACGUGGCCUCCAUUGUCCACCUCCUCAUCAUCCUCUUCAUCAUCAUCGCCGGUCUCAUUCAGGCUGACACCGAGAACCUCACCGCCGACUUCGCACCUUAUGGCGCCCGCGGCAUCUUCGCGGCCGCCUCCGUGCUUUUCUUCGCAUACAUCGGCUUCGACGCAGUCUCCACCAUGGCGGAGGAGACCAAGAACCCGGCGAAGGAUAUUCCGCUGGGGCUCGUGGGGUCGAUGGUCAUCGUCACGUUGUGCUAUUGCUUGAUGGCGGUCACGCUCUGUCUGAUGGUGCCCUACAACCAUAUCGACCCCGAUGCCCCUUUCUCGGUGGCGUUCUCCGCCAUCGGUAUGGAUUGGGCCAAAUACAUCGUCGCCUUCGGCGCGCUCAAGGGGAUGACGACGGUGCUACUGGUGUCAGCCGUCGGCCAGGCACGCUACCUAACCCACAUCGCGCGUACUCACAUGGUGCCCCCAUGGUUGGCCCAGGUGCACGGCUCCACCGGCACCCCCAUCAAUGCCACCGUAGUUAUGCUCGUCGCCACUGCCGUCAUCGCCUUCUUCACCUCCCUCGGCAUCCUUGCCAAUCUCCUCUCGAUUUCCACGUUAUUCAUCUUCAUGCUCGUCGCCGUUGCCCUCGUCGUCCGCCGCUACUACGUCGCCGGUGAAACGACUGAGGCCAACCGGAAAAAGCUCGUGGCCUCCAUCGCGGCGAUCCUGGCGGCCUCCUUGGCGUUGGCGUUGCUGUGGGCGACGGGAGUCGAGUUGUGGGUCUGGUACGUGGUGGCGCUCGUCGUGUGGCUGGCGGCGACGGGGUACUUGUGGUGGGCAGUCCCGCAGGCGAGGACGCCGGAAAAAUGGGGCGUUCCUCUGGUUCCGUGGCUGCCUUCUGCGUCCAUCGCGAUCAACAUCUUCCUGCUCGGGUCGAUUGACGGGCCCUCGUACGUGAGGUUUUCGAUAUGGACCCUACUGCUGCUCGUCUACUACUUCUUCUUCGGCCUUCACGCGUCCUACGACACGGCGAAAUCCUCCGCUGCCGCCACCGGAGUGGGCGUUUAGUCAUUAUAGUAGGGAUUGCCUCCAGCGAAUUUGGAGCUGAAUAAUUUAUCUAGG